AUGACUGAAAUUGAAAGUUUAGUCUUUCCCAGAUGGAUUGGUUACGCUAAAAAUCAAUCUAUUCAGAUACACGGAUUUAGUGAUGCUUCUCAACACGCUCUGGCAGCAGCAGUCUACAUCAAAACCACCGACUCCAACGGACAAUCUAGAACGGCUCUUUUAUCGUCUAAAACCAAAGUCGCUCCGUUAAAACGUUUGACUAUUCCACGUUUAGAACUAUCAGAAGCAGUACUUCUUAAUUCAACGCUUCCUAUGGAUGCAAAACAUCCAUUAAUCGUCCCAAAGGACUCCCCUUUGGCUAAAAUCAUUAUUGCUGACGCUCAUCGAAAGACCCUUCAUGGAGGAGUUCAAGAUACAUUAACCUACACAAGAAACCACUUCUGGAUACUCAGUGGGCGUUCGCUAGUUAAAUCUAUCGUACUAAAAUGCGCUCGAUGCGCUAGAUAUCGUCAGAAAAGAGCAUGUCAGCUCAUGGGAAGACUACCAAUAGAUAAAGUAACCCCAGCAAGGCCUUUCUUACAUUCAGAAGUGGAUUACGCUGGCCCCCUUAUAAUUCAGACCUGGCGAGGAAAAGGUGCUCGCAAAUAUAAGGCAUAUAUUGCAUUGUUCGUCUGUUUGUCCACUUCCGCUAUUCAUAUUGAGCUCGUUACCAACUACGCUGCUUCUGGAUUCCUCGCUGCCUAUAAGAGAUUCACAGCCAGAAGGGGCAUCUGUGCAACUCUUCGAAGUGAUUGCGGGACCAACUUCAUUAGAGCUAAUUCAGAGCUCAAAGCAAUGUUCUCCGAAUCAUCAAAAGAACUUCAGCAAAUAGCUCAUCUCAUCAGUAACGAUGGUACCAAGUGGAUUUUUAACCCACCUUCCGCUCCUCACUUUGGAGGGAACUGGGAAGCUGGCGUUAAAUCCGUUAAGAGUCAUCUGCUUCGUACGAUUGGAGAGAAUCAUCUCACUUAUGAAGAAAUGACGACUUUAUUAACACAAAUUGAAGCUGUUCUUAAUUCACGACCUAUAUAUAUCGGUCCCAUCUCUGAUGAUCCUGAUGAUCUCUCAGUAUUAACACCUAGUCAUUUCCUCAUUGGAGGACCAUCUACUGUAAUUCCUGAAGUUUCUCUAGAAAACAGAAAAAUCUUAAAGCUCAAUCGAUGGCACCUCAUACGGCAAAUCACAGAGAGCUUCUGGAAUAAAUGGAUGGAGCAGUGUCUUCAAAGAUAUCAAGUCAUCCACAAAUGGAAGACACCUUCAAAUGACAUUCGCGAAGGAAGCAUUGUUCUCAUCGCGGACGAAAGAUAUCCUCCUGGUAAAUGGCCUCUCGGACGAGUUCUUACGACACAUCAAGGUGCAGAUAAUCUGAUUAGAGUCGCUGUCAUCAGAACUCAGACUUCUACCAACACCAGGCCAAUCACCAAACUCUGUCCACUGCCUACAGAUCAAGACUCUCUCUGA